AUGCCUGGGGCUGCUCAGAGGGUGCUGGAGGUGGGGGCUGUGGAGUGUUGUGGGGGUGUCCAGGAUACAUGUGGGGUGCUGGAGGUGCUCCCUGACCCCUGCCCUGUGCUCCAGGCAGGGGUCCCGGGGGGAAAUCCAGCGGAUGUCGCGACAGAGGCCACGACGGGCGAGGGACGUGUGCAGGCGCUGCAGCGGGAGGUGCAGGGGGUCACCAGCAUCAUGACCCAGAAUGUGGAGCGCAUCCUGGCGCGGGGCGAGAACCUGGAGCAGCUGCACAGCAAGAGCCAGGACCUGGAGGCCACGUCAGAGCACUUCCGCACGACGUCCCAGAAGAUGGCCCGGCGCUACUGGUGGAAGAAUGUAAAGCUGCUCAUCAUCCUCGGCCUCGUGGGUGUCAUUGUCGUUGUCCUCAUCAUCCUCCUGGCCACUGGCACCAUCCCCACCUAGAGCCACAGAGACACAGCCACGCCCAGGCCCAAAUACAGAUGGGGGGAAGAACCAGCA